CCGUAACCGUUACCAUCAUGCUUGGGCUCGUCAUGAAGACGGAUACUCUCCUCAGACCUCUUAAACAAACACUGCCGUUGAAUCUAGAAAGUCCCAAUUUACUCUGCUCAAACAUCUCAAAAUUCGUGCCAUCGUUGCUCUCGCCGCUGAAACUCACAAAACUCAGCCAUGUGUUGAGACCCCUUAUCUUCAUCCUCUUUCGCCUAUGCUGCUUCAUCAUGCUGUUCCGGCCAGUACUCAAUCAUAUCAUAUUGCACAAGCUCGGCCAAGUAUUUAAAUGGGCGCUGUUCUUCAAUUCGCCCCAAUAUCUCAUGGCCCUGUUCAAAAUCCUCAUGCUGGCGCUCGUGACCGCUGUCAUGUACAAUCCCGGUGCUACAGUAAAAUCUAUCGCUUUUAUAUACGCUGCUUCAAUUGUUAUUACGCGACUGACUCUGCGUCUUUUUUUUCGUGCAGGUUUGUUGACGUUCAAAUUCAUCGUCCUGCUUGCACGAAUCGCUUGCCACAUUUGUCUACGGAGAUUGGAAUAUAUAUGGCACAAGUGGAAUCAUAUUAGACGUCCCUGGAUGACUGGUGUAUCCUUAGUAGAACGUACCUCGUGUGUGGAUGUAUAAAGUGUACGCAAACGAUUUAUUCGCUUUCCACGUUUUAGAUAGUUCGAGGAUUCGCUGCCUAUGGGGGGAUAUAAUAAAGCUGCCAGCCGGUCAAGGUUGGACACACGAUCAUCCGACGUUUGCAUGGUAAAAUCUAUGAUGUCAUCCUGCCCGAUAUCCAAGGGUGAUAUGCGAUGAUCACAUAUAGAUAAGCAGUCAAUUCAUCACGCAGCACAAGGUCGCCGAAAGAGUGAGAUGAGUUCACAACCGACACUAUAUCCACGGCACCUCGCAUCCAAAUUCUUGGAUCGAGAUAUGAAUCGAUU